UGGGCUGCUGGCGGUGGUGACAGCUGCAGACGUUCAUCUGUAUGUCAGUCCCACGGGCUCUGACCUCAACAACGGUACAGGCGAAGGCAUCCCUAUGAAAACGAUUCAACAUGCGAUUACAAUCCUCAAGGGAUUUAAGUACGACACGGCCUACAUCGAGUUACUGAAAGGUCAUCACGAUCUUGAAGCAACUUUGCAAAUUAACAUCAGUAACGUCGUCAUACGUUCGUAUCAACGGCAGACCGUAUACGUGACGGGCGGUAAACCAAUCGAAAGCCGUUAUUUUAAGCACGUGACCGACCAUGACGUUCUUGCUACGCUGCCACAUAUUGCACGACAGCACGUCCGCGUGGUUCAUUUGCCGGAUGUUGGUAUCACAAACUUCGGAACAAUCAACGAAUUCGGAUUUUACCGUCAAAAUCCUGCGCCUAUAGAAAUGUUCUUUAACGGGAAACCACUACACGUUGCGCAGUGGCCAAAUGAGGGUUUCAUCAACAUAAUUGAGGUUCCGGCCGGUCCGAACGGUACCAGAUUCCAGUACAACUCGUCGGUACCGACGGGAUGGGUUAAUGAGACGGACCUUUGGGUUUACGGCUACUGGUUCUGGAGUUGGGCGGACAUGUCGGUGAAGGUGGCAACUCUAAAUGCCUCGACGGGCAUCGUCACUUUGGUGAAGAAUCCACAGUUCGGACUUAAAAUUGGUCAUUUUGGAGGGCCUCCAGAACAAGUUCGCUUUGCGGAUCAAGGAGGCUACUUCCGCUUCUACAACGUGUUCUCUGAGCUGGACUCCUCGGGUGAAUAUUACAUGGACAGGAGCUCUGGUAAUCUCUACGUGUGGAUGCCAAAUCAAGACGGAAAUAUCAGUCUCUCAGACGUUACUUACGUUUCCCUCAUCAACGACUGUAUCAAUAUAGCGCAAAAUGUCCACGACAUAACAUUGACCGACUUCACCCUUGAGGCGUGCCGAGGUCAUGGGAUCUCUGGGGUAAACGUUCACGACAUCCAGAUACAAAACCUGGAGAUAAGAAACACAGGUUUAACAGGUGCUUUGUUUUCUGGAGACUCUCGCGACGUCACAAUCUCCCAGUGUAUGAUUCAUGACGUUGGAGGCGGCAUAACUGUUUACGGCGGUAAGCGUGCGCUUCUCGAGUCGUCUGGAGCAGUGAUCGAGAACAACGAGAUAUACGACUUUUCCCGCCUCGGUGCCGUUGGUUACAACGCGAUUACUAUAAACGGUGUGGGGCACUUGGUUAGGCACAAUACGAUCUACAACGGGCAGUACACAGGGAUAAUGUACCAUGGCAAUGACAUUGUUAUGGAAUACAACCACGUGCACCACACGUGCGUGAACGCAUCCGACUGUGGGGCUCUGCACACAGGCAGAGACUGGACAACGCGCGGGAAUAAAAUCCGUUACAACCUCGUGACAGACACACUUAGACUGGUCCCCGGAGCGGAUGUUCGGGGUGUCAUGCUGGAUGACCAGUCUUCAAGUACCACGAUUGUGAACAACGUCUUCUCAAAUAACGAGGUCCAUGUGAAUAUAGGUGGUGGGCGGGACAACAUCGUGGCAAACAAUGUGUUUUAUGGCGCAACUCGAUACAGUAUGCAGGUAGACGGAAGGGGCGUUGGCCAUCCAAAUGAUAAAGAUCUUAUGGAAAGGCUUCACCAAAUGCCGUACACUUCCGCUCUUUGGUCGAUGCGCUACCCGGAACUGGCCAUCAUAGACCAGCGCAAUAAAAGCCUACCGGAAGGCAACCAAAUACACAAAAACGUUGUAUAUAAUAGUGGAACGGUCGGAUAUAUACCGACCAAGAGAGGGUGGUUAGACAACAUAAAGCUGUUUAACGAGACGGACACGAUAUUAGCAUUUGGCAGUACGGACUUCUAUGACGUCGGAAAUGCCGACUUCCGUUUGCGGUGUUUUGCCAAGAACUUGGCCAACGAAGUGGGCUUCGUACAGGUGCCGCCCCCUGGCGAAUACGGCUGCAAAGGGAGUGUUGGUCCAGUGCAUCUGAACAGAGUUCCCGCGACCUUGAGGUCGAACCCAUCCACAGGCCCCUGCACCACAAAGGCGCCUCUGACCACAUCGCCGGCUCCUGCAUAUCUCCCGGAUGGAGCUCGAACUAACAACCUGUACAACGUCUCCGACUCAGGUUGUUGGCUGGUGGUGUCAAAAUGCACGGCACACCCGAACGACGUGGGCACACACCGCGACACGUAUGCGCACGCAAACGACAAUGAGACCGCGUGCUUCCAACGUGCUGUGCAGCAAUGGUAUGACUGUGGUAACCAUGAAAACGAACAGGUCGUAGCCAUAUAUGGACCGUCUGGCGCGAUGACACUGGCGGGUGACGGGUGCUUCAUGUCGACGUAUGGCUGCCCAAAUCAUGGCGGCCCGGUGGACGGCCACGCGCUCACAACCGGAAGUAUCUACCGGGACUCGUACGCGGAGAGUCAAGGUGCUGCUCAUAACGAAGAGACAUGUUUGAGAAGGGCGCAAGCACAGUGGGUUUACUGCGGAUCAUUUGCAAAUCAUCCUGUGACAUCUAUUUACAGACCAUCAGGUGCUGUGAGGACAUCAGGGGCCGGGUGUUGGAUCCACGCCCAGCAGUGUAACAUGAUCCCCAAACCCCGCAGUAUGUUUUAUGACGCUUGGGGAGCGGCAAAUCUGAAUACCGACGACAUCGAAGAGGCGUGUCUACGACAGGCCGUCUAUUACUGGCGGAAGUGCGGCUCGGACCCCGCCUACCCAGUAACGGCGUACUUCCGGCCUUCCACUGCCAGCCACACCUACCCGGCAAUUGCAUAGGACUUGUCACAAUGAUAGAACAUACUCGGUGGCAAACGAAUGGUGUGUAUCCUACAACUUCCAUGAAAAUAUGCCUAUACAUUGUUCCACAAAUCGGAUUUUAAUUGUUGUGUUUUAAAAUAAACAUAUUUUGAAAAUA